AUGUCUGUUGCAUCUUUGCACCGCGAUACCGCCUUCCAGGCCCGGUCUUUGUUCGCCAACUACAACUUCCGUGAAUAUGCCCUUCGCAAGACGAGAGACUCCUUCCGUGAGCAUCAAAAUGAGUCGGAGGAGCGUCGGAUACAGGAGUUGAUCCAGGCUGGACUUCAGGAUCUGCGUCUGUUGAAGAGGCAAACCGUCAUCAGCCAAUUCUACCAACUCGACAAGUUGGUGGUGGAGGGUCAGAAGAGCGGAAAGGAGACAGGCGACCGUGGUAACAUCGUUCGCCAGAAGGACACCGGUCUGGUGUCUUUGGGUGGAAAGGACCACAGGGUUGCUCACCAUGCCAUCGACUGUACGUCUCACCUUGCGCCUGCAAUUCGCGCGCCUUAUCCCAGUCUCGACCCGCUACCCCGGUUCAGGUCCUCGCGCUCGGGGCGACACCUUGACGGCCCUAACCGCACCCGAACGGGCCAGAUCGACCACGACGUCUUCGAAGGUUUGCCUGUCCGCCGCUGGUCGAAACAACCACACACCUACUCCCAAGCACCCAAGGCCGUCGAUGACUCGGACUUCGGUGUCCAAGGCCCCGGGGGCCCAGUUCUCCCGGAGCUGCCAAUGCCGCGCGACAGCGACCUCUUGCCUGCGGUGAGCAAAGCAUUGUUGCGCGCUGCUCGUGCAGGAUGUAUCUAUAUUCGCCAGAACACUACAGCCGCCGAAAAGCAGGAAAAUGACCAGAAUAAAACCGACGACCAAAACACGGGCGCUGUCCAGAUGGACCGCAGUUUCACCAGUCGCAAGUGGCUAACUCUUCCCAAGCACAUGGAGCCGCCGGAGGUGGAGUUCCUUGCUAAGAGACGUCCUGGAUUGUUGUCGCUCUAUGGCGGUGCUUCGGUCGACGGAAGCUCGGGAUCUCUGCCUAUGAGAAGAACCAAGUUUAAGAAGAUCGACCCGGAGACUGGCAAUAUCUCUAUCUAUGAGGCAUGGGUGCCCAAGGGGCAUCGCAUUGAGGGAGAGGUUACUGGGGAUGUUCAAACUCUUGCAGAGCAGAGUUCUGUUCCCGUGAAGCCCGAGACACCUGCUCCCGGGACCGUCGUGGAGGGCGUUGGGAUUGUAAAUUCGGAGGGUGUCGUUGUUGCAGAGGCUGGUUCAGCUGCUGUGAUGGAACCCCCGAAGCGACGACCGCCUCCCCCCAAGCGAAAGGGCAAAGGAAUUGGUAAAGGUCGCAAGAAGAAGGUUAUGUUUGCUCCCGGAGAAGGUGCCGAUGCGUCUACAGUGCACAGUGUUGCUUCUGGCGCUGAGGGUGGUACUCCUGCUUCAGGAGAAGGUCAGGACUCCCAGAUGUCGGUUGACCAGUCUGGUCAAGACGAUGAUGAUGAGGAUGGCGAAGAUGGUGACGAAAGCGACGAGGGAGACGAGUCCAUGUUGGACGCGAAGUCUCCCGAGACUCCUGGUGGUCAAUCUGUGACCGAAUCUACCCCCCAACCUUCCGCCGAUACCCCAGCGGAAUCACAAGACGUCGAUAUGACAGAGGCGGCUCCUGAAGCGCCCCACCGGCAGCUGCUACAGAAACCCCCCCGGACUGAUGCGGAUGCCCCUACCUCUGCCUCUGAGACACCGGGACUGCCUACGCAAGAGAGUGAAAAGCCCACUGCUGAACAGUCUGUCUCAGCCACAACAGAGUCUACCGGCGAUGUAGCGCCAAAAGAAGAAAUUGAAGCUCCUGGGCAGGUUUCGGUUCCUGCUACAGACAGCGCGGCGGAGCCUUUAGCAAGUGUGACUCCCGCUCAACAGGCCUCUCAACCGGCAACCAGUGAAGUCAAGGUUGAGGCCCAAAACGAGGGCCCUGAUGAGACUACCUUGGCUCCUCCAUCUGUCGAUCCCGAGAAUCCCGUCAAUGAAACAUUAGAGCCCACAAAAGAGGAAGGGCCUUUGCACGCGACAAAAGCAUCUGAAGAAACAAUGGAAACUAAGCCCACUGACAAUGAGUCGGCCCAGCCCGAGGUACAGGCGCAAGAAACCUCAAGUGCGUCGGCUCCGGUGGCAGCCGAAGGCCUGGGCGCAGGUCCUGAGGCGGACUCUGUCGUCUCUGAAGCUCAACGAGAUGUGGAAAUGGAUGAUGCACCACACUCCGAGCCGGUCACAGCUCAUGAUCCCGACUUAACAUCUGAACCUCAGUCUACCGCGACUGACCCUAUUAAAUCUGCUCCGGAGCCCGUUCUCGGCACCGAAGAUGCAGCCCCUACUGAGACCGAGCCAGAGACGACAGCGCCCCCAGUCGAGCAGGAAGCAUCUCCCGUCCCUGAACCCACACAAGCAGAGUCUGCACCAGAGGAGAAUCAGGAUGAGCCCGAGGCUCCUCUCGCAGAACCCGCAUAA